GCCGGUGGACUGUUGACGGACUGUAGACAGGCUGAAGUCCGUUUGUAGUUGAUCACCUUGUUGUAUUUCAUGAAGUUGGGGUUUAGUCUUGUGCAGGAGUCACUGUAAUCCCUGUCAUUCCUCCUGAGGCUGAUCGGUGCUGUUGGAGCAGAAUCUGAGUGGAUUAACCCGGGCUGCUGCUGUAGGUCGUUUACUUGUGAAGAGAAAGGUUUCGAUCUGCCAAGUGGACAGAAAAAUGAAGACUCUGAUGGUGUUUGAUUUCGACCACACUGUGGUGGAUGACAACAGUGACACUUGGGUGAUUAGAUGUCUUCCAAGUCAGACUCUUCCUGAUGUUUUGAAGAAUUCCUACAAAAAAGGCCACUGGACUGAGUUCAUGGGAAGAGUCAUGAACUACAUAGGAGACCAGGAGGUCAGUCCUGACAGCGUCCGCAGUGUCAUGGAGACCAUCCCCUUCACAGAUGGAAUGAGAGACCUGCUGACAUUCAUAUCAGAGAAUAAAAGCACCAUUGACUGCAUAGUCGUCUCUGAUGCUAACACCAUGUUCAUAGACUGGAUCCUCCAUGCAGCAGGACUCCAGGCGGCCGUCGACCAGGUGUUCACCAACCCAGCUAAGUUCAAUGAUCUCGGGUACAUGGAGGUACAGUGCUACCACUCUCAUGACUGCGAGCGAUGCCCCGUCAACCUCUGCAAGAAAAAAGUCCUGGAGCUGUACCUGUCGGAGCAAUCUGAUCAGGGUGUGGAGUAUGGUCAGGUAUUCUAUGUGGGGGACGGUGGGAAUGAUCUCUGCCCGACUUCCUGUCUGAGAGGGCAUGAUGUUGUGAUGCCCAGGAAGGGGUACACCCUGGAGAAAAUGCUGGCCCAGCUCAAGGGUCAACAAGAUAGCGCUUCUUUGAGAGCGAGAGUCGUUGCCUGGAGCAGUGGGAUAGAAAUCCUCGAGGAGCUGAAAGCGAGUAUGCAGUCGUAGCCCGGCCUCAAUGGAUGAAUGUCGAAGUUGUAACUUGAAUAUUUCUCUUAUGUAAAAUAUUAAUCCUGCAUUGUAGCGGGCACAUGAUGCCUCCUUUGAUUGUUUUAAAAAUAUGUGUAUAAUCAAGAAAGUAUUUAUCAUUUUUAAGCACAAUUUUGAUUAUAAAUCCUUGAAAAUGGGCCAUUUGUCUAAGGAAAUGUUAUCUUCACCCAUGUAAACAGUAAAAAUCCCCUCAAACAAGGUUUACAUUCAUUAUAAUCAAAGUUUUGGUUAUUUAAUUUAGAGGUAGAGAAAAUGAAUGGAGACCACUGAGCCCAAUUAGAGAACAGAUAAACCAAAAAACAAUGUUUAUAUGUGCAGUUUAUGUUUGGACACUGGAUCAUAAUUCAACUAAAGAUUUAUUUUGUGUAGUAUUCAGUUGCUUUAAGGGAUAGUUUAUUUUAAAACUAAUAGUAUAUAGCAGGCUUGCAGGGCAUUCAAAGAAUAGUGCAACAUUUUGGGAAAGAUCCGCUGCUUAACACAAUAUAUCAGUAUAUAAAUGAACAAACAAUACAAUUAAGACAUUAGUUAAUUAGUGAGCUAAAAAGUGGAACAUGGAUUUUUAAAAUGCUAUGACAUUGCCCUCCCACCUCUGUUAAAAUUUUCACUCUGCCUUUGAUUUCUGACAUGGUCAGACAGCCCGUGGAAAGAGCUAGUCCUGAGAAAGAAAAAUGUAGUUUAAAAGUAUGAAAGUAGAAUUAGUGGUUUGGUACCUCAGGUAUUUUUCAUUUUUCAUUCUUCUAAAAACACUACAAAGGGAGCACACUUCAUCACCUUAUUUAAAGGUGCAGUGUUAGAAAUUAGUGGCAUCUGGCAGAAUGGAUUUGGCAGAAAUUGAAUAUAAUAUUCAUAAGUAUGUUUUAAUUAGUGUAUAAUCACCUGAAAAUAAGAAUUGUUGUGUUUUUGUUACCUUAGAAUGAGCCCUUUAUAUCUACAUAGGGGGCAGAUCCUCCUCCAUGGAGCCCGCCAUGUUGCACUGCCUUGUUUCUAGAAUAGCCCAGAACGGACAAACCAAACACUGGCUCUUGAAAUGGCCUUUAGCCUUUAUGUGUAUUUUGCAACCACUGUAGUUUCUCCUACACGCUUGAAAGAGGUAGGGGGUCUCUAGUUUGUUGUAAUCUGCAACCUCACCACUAGUUUUAUAUAUUGAAUUGCUGUUGUCCUUUUUUGAAGUAUUAAUGUGUCAUACUAGGAAAACACAGGUGCUCCUGAAAUGAUGAUGUGUGUAACAGUGUAACAGAAAGUCAUGACAGUGUGAAUGAAAAUGAAGCAGCUAAAUGGAAUUCAGCCAUUCUUAAUUGUAUUAUUUACAUAUGUGCUUUUCCUACUGUGCAAUGUCAAAAUAUCACAUUACCCACUGUUUGAUUUUGUCUUUAUUAGUUCCACACUUUACAUAUUGAUCUUUUGUCAUGUAACAUAUUUCACCCUCCUCGUAGUUUACCACCAGCGGGGCUGAAGUCACUAGGUUCAACCCAUGAGCAAGUUUUUCCAAUCUGUUCCUUUAUUAAUCCAUUCGCAGGAAUUUCCACAAUUUUCUUUUUUCCUUAUGAGCCCUUGGGGCCUCCAUAUUCUUAGAGUGUAUAUAUUUUUUGUUGUGUCCAUAAUAUGUCCUGCCCUCUAUCAGUGACACUCGCCAUUAUGAUGUUAUUGCCAUCUCAGGUUUGUGUUUCAUGUUGUGCUGUCUUGACUGAUUAAACCAGAUUUAAGUAAGUUAGCCUGAUCAACUCUGAGAUAGCUCUGUGCAUUAAACCUCAAGUAACUACUUAAGUUAAAUGAACAAGUAGUCAAUGCUAUGUCUUGGAAUUACAACUACAGCCGUUUUUUUUGUUUUAUUGUUUUUUACAUGAGUUAAGAAAACCUCAAUGGUAUGAGUAGGUUUCAGGUUUUACUCAGUAAUAUCAUCCAGAUAAAUAAGAAAAUUGUCUGGUUGUACUGAAAUGGCACUGGGACUUUUCUCAUAGCCAGUACACAAGCUUCUCUGGAGAAACAGUAUUGAGUUUCCAUUUUCCACUUAAGCAAGAACAUCAUCAAAUAUUAAUGGAUGUGUGUGUGUUUUUGUUUUGUUUUUGGGUUUUUUGUGAACCAGCAUGUUGGUUGAUUUCUAAUCUUGUAAUUCUAAUGAUGCAA